AAUGGUUCGUCCCAACGGGCAGCCGCUUCCUCCUCCAACUCGCUCUGCUCCUCAGAGAGGCGUCCGUCGUGUGAGGGGCGCGGAGAAAGGAAGGCGAAGGCGAGGAGCGGCCGGGGAAGAAGGCGGCGUGGGGGUCCUUCGCGAUGUCGGUGGCCUUCGCCGCCCCCAGGCAGAGGGGGAAGGGCGAGAUCACGCCGGCUGCGAUCCAGAAGAUGUUGGAUGAAAACAACCAUCUUAUUCAAUGUAUAAUGGACUACCAGAACAAAGGCAAAGCCACUGAAUGCUCUCAAUAUCAGCAGUUGUUGCAUACAAACUUGGUCUACUUAGCUACGAUAGCAGACUCCAAUCAAAAUAUGCAAUCUAUACUGCCACCACCGCCUACGCAGAAUAUGCCCAUGGGUCCAGGAGGAAUGAGUCAGAGUGGCCCUCCCCCACCCCCUCGGUCUCAUAAUAUGGGUUCAGAUGGUAUGGUUGGUGGGGGCCCUCCCGCACCACACUUGCAGAACCAGAUGAAUGGCCAGAUGCCUGGACCUAACCACAUGCCUAUGCAGGGACCUGGACCUGGACCGAACCAACUUAACAUGUCAAACACUUCUAUGAACAUGCCUUCAAGUAGUCAUGGGUCCAUGGGAGGUUAUAAUCAUUCAGUGCCAUCUUCUCAGACCAUGCCAGGACAGAAUCAAAUGACAAUGAGCCAAGGACAGCCUAUGGCCAACUAUGGUCCCAGACCAAAUAUAAGUAUGCCACCAAAUCAAGGCCCAAUGAUGCACCAGCAGGCUCCAUCUCAACAGUACAACAUGCCCCAGGGAGGUGGUCAGCAUUAUCAGGGGCAGCAACCACCAAUGGGAAUGAUGGGCCAAGUUAACCAAGGAAACCAUAUGAUGGGACAGAGGCAGAUUCCUCCAUAUAGGCCGCCACAGCAGGGCCCACCACAGCAGUACUCAGGCCAGGAAGACUAUUAUGGGGACCAAUACAGUCAUGGUGGACAAGGUCCUCCAGAAGGCAUGAACCAGCAAUAUUACCCUGAUGGUCAUAGUGAUUACGGUUAUCAGCAACCGUCGUAUCCUGAACAAGGCUACGAUAGGCCUUAUGAGGAUUCCUCCCAACAUUACUACGAAGGAGGAAAUUCGCAAUAUGCCCAACAGCAAGAGGCGUACCAAGCACCACCUCAACAGCAGGGCUAUCAACAGCAGCAGUAUCCAGGUCAGCAAGGUUAUCCUGGACAACAGCAGGGCUAUGGUCCAUCACAAAGUGCCCCAGGACCUCAGUAUUCCAAUUAUCCUCAAGGGCAAGGCCAACAGUAUGGAGGAUAUAGGCCUGCACAGCCUGGGCCCCCACAGCCACCACAACAGAGGCCUUAUGGAUAUGAUCAGGGGCAGUAUGGAAACUACCAACAAUGAGAAAAUACAUUCAGUACCACAAUCAGUACAAGUUAGUCGCUGUAUGGUUACUUCAGCACUGUGGAUAUCACCUUUUGAAGAUAAUCUUCAAUUCAGUCUAGUUUUUGAAACAGAAGACAAUAAUGCCACAUGGUUGAUAAAUGGCUGUUUUGCAGUAGAUUGCUUUUCUGCAUUAGUUAUAUACAAAACUGAUAGCCCUUUUAAAAGAUUUUUGCAUCUGUACUCUAGAUGGCAAUAUUGGACAGAAAAUACACUCACAAACAAUUUUGUGGUGAGCUUAGAAUCGGAUAUCAAACAAACUGUUACAGACUGAAAUGUGUGAACAGCAUUGUAUGUUUAUGAAGGUUAAGGGAAUUUAAUAUUUUUCCACAGAUUCUUUUGUAAGGGGAAGGGGGGAAUUUUUACAGCAGCAAUAUUUUAUAUAUUACAUUUUUUUCCUAUGGAAUAUGCAAGGCAGUACACUACGCAAGGUCAUAAACCCAUAUAGAUAGGGAACAUAGAUUGGGAGAGGAUGAAUUCUUCAUUGUAUUGGUCUUGAUGUUAUAUGAGAAGGUGAGUUGCCCACCAUACAUUCUUGACAGAUGUUUAUACGAAGAAUUUGUAUCUGGACUGUUUGAAUGAAAAUAUGAUCAUGGACAAUAAAAGAUUAGUCUAGUAUGAAGAAUUAAUUUUGAAAUUCUUUGUGUGAAGCUGUUUUAUCAAAAUGGUUUCUAGCAGUGGCAAUUUUCUGUAUUUUUGGUAAUUGAGUUUGUAACGGUCUUGUAAUGCUUCCACAUAACUCAAGCUGUGAUCUUUUUCUGAUUGCAGUUACAAGGAAUUUGAAAAAGUGUUCUUUUAACCUGGCCUACAUAUGCAAAGUAUUUAAAAACAAAUUAUAGAUAGGUUGACACAUAUUUUAUUUCAUAAGUGUAUUUAACUUUUAGUAGCAUAAUUUCUAUGUAACAAAAAUAGUUAUAGAAACUUUUGUAAAACUCUUGUCUAAACACCAAGAGAUAAUAUCUUUAAGAAAGAAGGCAUUUGUUGUGUGUGUCCAUGUUUGUACCGGUUAGUAUGAGACCAAGAGCAAAUUUUAGUGCAGUUUUUUUUUAAAAAAAAAGCCAACUUCUGUUGUGAACCGUAUUAAUACUUACAGCAUUGCCUGUGAGGAAGCCACUAUCUGAAUCAGCAACAAAACCAUGAAAAACACAACCGUUCAAGACCGUACUGCUUUUGUGGUUCAGGUACAUUAUUGAAUACUGUGUUGCACACCAAUACAUGCUUUUAAAUAGUGUUGGUAAAUAUUUUAAAAGAUAUAACUAAAUUUAGCCCAAGACUUAUGUCUGUUUAUUAUGUGUUGCUAUAUUUUUUAAAUGGUAAUAGCUGAACCUGAAUUAAUAAGACAGCAAAAGUCACAUUCCUCCAUGAUUUUGAAUGGAGAACGAAAUUUCUUUUUUUAUGUUAGUUGAAUAUUAAGAUUAAGUUCUCAAACUGAAAAUGUUAGGAAGAUUGGUAUGACUGAAGCACUUCUAGGUUCUGUGCCAAUUUUCCACUACUGUGUACUUCAUUGCUAUUUAAAACUGUAUUCCAUCAACUAACAGAAGAAUAAAUUAUUUGUGAUUUUAA